AUGACCGAGUUGGCGUCCUCCGGGGGCAGGUCCCCUGCGGGGGACGGGGAGGAGGGUCUGGGAGACGAGCGAGGCCUGUUCAUCCACCAUCCCGCGGAGGAGCAGUCCCACCGCUGUCCGCUGUGCGGCCAGACGUUCUCCCAGCAGCCCAGCCUGGUGCGGCACCAAAAGGCGCACGCCGGGGCGGGCCGCUCGGCCGCCUUCGUGUGCCCCGAGUGCGGCAAGGCCUUCAGCGUCAAGCACAACCUCGAGGUGCACCAGCGCACGCACACUGGGGAGCGCCCCUUCCCCUGCCCCGAAUGCGGCCGCUGCUUCAGCCUCAAGCAGAACCUGCUCACGCACCAACGCAUCCACAGCGGCGAGAAGCCGCACCAGUGCGCGCAGUGUGGCCGCUGCUUCCGCGAGCCGCGCUUCCUGCUCAACCACCAGCGCACGCACGCUCGCAUGCCCGCGCCGCACCCGCGCCGCCCGGGCGUCUUCGGGGAGCGCCGGCCUUUCUUCUGCUCUCGCUGUGGCAAGAGCUUCGCGCGCGAGGGCUCGCUCAAGACCCACCAGCGCAGUCACGGCCAUCUGCCCGAGGGCCAGGCAGCCCAUUUAGGCCGCGUGCUAUGA